UGACACACAGUUUGAUCCUCCAAAGACCUGUGGUAAGCAAGAAGGAAGAAGAGAGGGAAUAGAGGAGAGCGGGCCGUCGCCGUCGCCGUCAAUGGAAGCUCACGGCAGCGAAGAUUUCGCCGUCGGCUGCAUCCUCUCCGUUAAAACGACGUUCGGUGAAGAGUUCGAAGGCAAAGUCAUCACCUUCGACCGCCCCUCCAACAUCCUCGUCAUUCAUAUCCUUUUACUCCAUCAAAAUCUGAUCUUUUCUGUUUUUUUUUUUUAAUUUUAAUUUUAGAAUUUCAUGUUCUUGUUGCUGUUUUUGUUCGAAUUGAAGUAUGUGGAUUGCAAUUUCAUGGGGGGGUUUCACUUGAUUUUCUUGACUUUGAUCUUGAAAGCACAAGAAGGAGGGAGUUCAGGGGCUGGGGCAAAGAUGAAUAUAAGGCUGUUGAAAGCCAAUUAUAUCAAGGAAUUUGCUCUAUUGGGUCAUGGAGAUGACCCUCUUGAUGCCAGCAAGUGUUUUCUUGAUCUUGAGACCCUUAAAUCUAGAGAAGAUUCUGCUAUUAGACAAGCGGAGUUGGAUGCUGAGAGAUUCGGGGUCGGUGUCACAGCUGAGGCUCAGAGUAUAUUUGAUGCUUUAGCUAAAACGCUUCCGGUGCGGUGGGACAAGACGGCCAUAGUUGUGAUGAAUGAGGUCCGUGUGAGCAGUCCCUACCUUCCCGAGUCAGUGAAGGGCGGUACCCCUGCCGCUAAUGAAAGGGUGCGAAAAGUGCUUGAAUUUGAGAGGAAGAGACUACAAGCACGCAACUCCGGACAGUGAAUGGUCUCGGACCCCCACCCCCACCCCCAUCGGGAAGCUACUGUUGCAUCACCGCAAAGUGUGCUGCGGGUCCCACGUAGUUUCCCUCCGUGGCUUGAUAACUUGUUGCAGACCUCAGUGAAAAAAAUGUUACACUUCAUAUAUUUGUAUGAUAUUCUGGGUUUUAUAAUGGUGACUAAUUUCCCAUCACCACCACCACAGGAAAGAAUACCAGAUUGUUUUGAAGCAACAGGUCAAUUUUAGUUUGGUCUUUGUCUUGCUUUAUACGGAGUACUUACUUGGUGGGUA